CUUCUUUUCAUUAGUUAGCUAUUAAAAGUGCGCACGAAUGGAAAUUUCCCUUCAGUAGUGCUAGAACACAUCCUAGCUAACAGAUGUAAAUGUAACCAGCCCUGCGAUUGUGUCUUCAAAACGUCAUCGCAGUAAAGUAGCCUUAUUAUUUUUAAAGGAAGGGUUAACUAAUAGCUCCGAAAGGUUCAUGGUCCGGCCCCGUUGUGAAUCAAUGGGACUUGACCUAUAGCCGAAGACUAAUUCAUUCAACAUUCCCCCACCCUGAUGAUUAUAAAUAUCGAGGACACACUUCACAGUCUUCAUUCUUGAUCUCGCCUCUGAGACUCAACAGUUGAAGAGAACGUCUGACACUAUGAAAGUAAGUCCACAUUCAUGCCUUCACUGACUAGACAGAAUAAAAAAAGAGAGAAGCUGAUGUGACCACCAGGAAUUUAGUCAUUUUAAUAGUAGAAAUCUUGUUUAGAUACUUUUGUGCAUUAUGUAAUUAACAAUGAAGAGAAAAGAGACUAAUAUACAGAGUUGUAAAAGGCUGAUUGCAAUGCUCUUGCUCAUGGGAAAUGAUAUAUUUUAACAUGACUUCAUCUUUUCAGGAUUUAAGGACUCUUGCGGCUUACGCACUUGUGCUGUUACUUCUGGCAACAUUUGUGUCCCAUUCCUGGUGUGCACCCAAGGGCAGUUUUCAGCGUCGGAAUUGGACACCUCAAGCCAUGUUAUACCUUAAGGGCACACAGGGACGGCGCUUUGUGACAGAAGACAGAAAUGACGGGGACUUGUAUGACACAAUACGCUUGGAGUCCCGCAGCCAAAACACAGAAAACCUGAGGAUCUCUAAAGCGGCUGCAUUUCUCUUAAAUGUUCUCCAGCAAGCCAGAGACGAGGAUGAGGCUUACUGAAACUUGCUCGAAGUGCGCCAACAACUCCCUCUUUCAUCUUCCUGCUUUGUGAGCCAUUUGGAAUUGAAUGUUUUCAAGUUUUCAUCCUCUGCUACAGUGACGCCCGUGUUUGAGAUCUCUGAAGGUUCAUCACUUACUGGUCAACACGAUUACAGUCAGAUUUGAGUAAUGUAGAGUUAUGUGUGUCUCCAGAUUGUUUGAAUGAUUCCACUUGGACUGCUCAU